AUGGCGAGCGUGGUCCCCAGCGCCGCUCCGGGCCUCCCCGCCGCCCCUGCGGCCGAGCAGAAGCCGCCGCCCCACCUGAAGCCUUGCUGCGCCUGCCCGGAGACCAAGCAGGCCCGCGACGCUUGCAUCAUUGAGAAAGGAGAAGAGAACUGCGGCCCUCUCAUUGAGGCGCACAAAGAAUGCAUGAGAGCGCUCGGCUUCAAGAUAUGAACGAGGUCGGCCGCAGAUCUGAAUG